CUGCUACGGAUGUCCGUGAAAGAAAAAUGGCAACGCCAUCUGAAUCCACCGCGGAGAAGCGCAGAUAUGUGGCCACCGACCGGCUUUCCGCUAAGAAGAGACGACUUAGUCAACAUGACCAGUCCGUUACUAAUGAAAUUCAAGAUGUGAACAGAAAACUUAGCAUUUUGGAUAGCAUCAAUAUAUUGCGAGCUCUACGCACACAGACUAAAGAGCAGGUAGCCGAAAUAUUCAGAUGCUCGAUGCAAAACAUAGAAGACAUUAACGACAGUAAAACAAUAAUUCAGCAUUCGUACCUACGCCAACAACAAAAUCGUAUAGCAAAAUAUCUAAUAGUCGAUCCAGCGGAUCAAAAAAAAUUUGAGCACCUGAACAACGUCAUGUAUGGCCACCUGCAGCACAUGCGAACAGUGGAUAAUUUUCUAGAUGGGAUGUCAGAUGAUUUGUUUUUAGAAAAUGCAGCAAAAGUGAAUGCGUGUUUGGAUCUACAUUGCUUUGUGCCGAAUCUCAAAUGGCUCGAAAAUUUCAAAACAUUGUAUAAGUUUAAAUCGUUUGAUGAUUUUCCACUACCCAACGAUCAAAACAUGUUCCUUGACGAACAAUUCGAGUGGGCAGAAAUAAUAAGGGCUACAAAGGACAGGCAGUAUGAAAAAUAUGAACAUCCAUUGAGUAAAGAAAUCACCAGAGAUAUGAUAGAAAGUUUUCAAACCGCACACGUGGUUGAAUUGAUACAAACUGCAAUUGCUAAAUAUGUCGACAUUGUUCAACAGGAGCACAGUACAGAAAAUAUUACGUAUGUGCAAGCUGUACCGACUUGUGCAAUGCGACUGUGUGAAAUACUGGAUGUUCGAUUCAAACAAAUCUUAGAUUGGCUACGAAAGUAUCUAUCAUUUCUGAGACAAGGUGUGAAUACAAACCAAAAUGUAUAUUACGCUACGAUUACCGAUUUAGAUCUGUAUUACAUUGUUGACCUCUGUCUAACAGAGGAGGUAGCAGAAAAGAAGAACCAUUUACUUAAUUGGAGGAUGCACAGUCCAUCCCCCAACACAUCUAUCAGCAAAUCAGUACAAGAAUUGAAGUGUUCUACAAGGAGAGCUAUUGACGAAAUCGACGAUGACACUAUUCUUGUAAAACAAGAACCUUUAGAUAUUGACGAAGAUUUUGAAGAGCAAAAUAUUGUGACCUAUGAUGAAAUAAUUAAGGAGGAACCAUUGGAUAUGGAUGCUAGUCAAGAAAUACAAAAACAAAAUGAACCCACACUACCAGAGGUUGAUGAAUGUGCAACUGUCAAUAAAGACAGUGAUAAAAGCCAAAUAGACUGGAUCGAGUUUGAAGAGUUCAUAAAGGAAGAACCUACUUUCACCGACGUUAUUGCCGAUAACCCUUUGGUUAUCAACAGCCUCUCGGAGGUGCCAACAACCUCUUUCCCACGCACCAAUCAGUAUAGCAUAAUUUCCAGUGAGCAGGCAAACUCGCAUUUGCAGAAACUGAUUACUUAUGCCAAAAAAUCGGGACGACUAACAAUGUUAAAGUACCUGCAUUGUAUAGAAAAUGUACUAUAAGUCAGAAUUUUCAAUAAAAUCUCAUAGUUUAAUUCGAAAA